CGUAAAGCGAAUGGUUUUUCCACGCGUAUCAUCGGGUAACAGCAGCGUGUCUUAUAAUGCCGCCUAAGAAAGCGCCGGCAGCGCCGCAAGCUAGUAAGAAAACAGAACAAAAGAAAAAGGAGAAAAUUAUCGAGGACAAGACCUUUGGACUGAAGAAUAAGAAAGGUGCUAAACAACAAAAGUUCAUAAAAAAUGUCACUCAUCAAGUUAAAAGUGGACAACAAAACCCUAGAUUGGUUGCACAGGCUGAAGGUGACAAGAAAAACAAGAAAGAUGAUAAGAUGAAAGAGUUGCAAGAACUGAAUGAUCUGUUUAAACCAGUAGUUGUUGCACAAAAGGUCAGCAAAGGUGCCGAUCCAAAAUCAGUAGUAUGUGCAUUCUUCAAACAAGGACAGUGCACCAAAGGCGAUAAGUGCAAAUUCUCCCAUGAUCUCUCAUUGGAAAGAAAAUGUGAAAAAAGAAGUGUCUAUGUUGAUGGAAGGGAUGAUGAACUUGAAAAGGAUACAAUGGAAAAUUGGGAUGAAAAGAAAUUAGAGGAGGUGGUGAACAAGAAACAUGGCGAGGCAGAAAAGAUAAAAGCCAAAACUCAGAUUGUUUGCAAGUUUUUUCUUGAAGCUAUAGAAAACAACAAGUAUGGGUGGUUUUGGGUUUGUCCUGGUGGAGGUGAUACAUGCAUGUAUCGCCAUGCCCUGCCUCCUGGAUUUGUACUUAAAAAAGAAAAAGUAAAAGAAGAUAAAGAUGAGGACAUUUCUUUGGAAGAUUUAAUAGAAAAAGAGCGUGCUGCACUUGGACCUAAUGUAACUAGAAUUACCUUAGAAUCCUUUCUACAAUGGAAGAAAAGAAAAAGAGCAGAUCGAAUUCUAAAAUUGGAAGAAGAAAUGGAAAAAAGAAAAGAAGAUUUCAAAUCGGGAAAAUCUUUGGGGGUAAGCGGUCGUGAAGUGUUUGAGUUCCGUCCUGAGCUUAUCAAUGACGACGAUGAAGAAGCAGAUGACGCAAGUUAUACAUUUGAAUUAGAAGACAGUGAGGCUGAAGAAAUUGAUGACGUUCAAGAUAUUGAUCUAAGCCGGUAUGUUCUUAAAGACGUAGAUGAAACUGGUAUUACAGUGGCAAGUUGUGAACGAUUUAGCUCAUAUGUUGCCUCAACAGAAAAAGAUGAAAACAAGUUGUGUGUGGCAUCAGGAGGCGUAAUGGAAAAUGAAAAUCAGAGUGAAGAGGAGCAAGAGGGUGAUCUGGAAAAUGGUUUUGUGGAUGCCGUUCCUGUCGAUGAAAACCUGUUUACAGGAGAGGAUAUGGAUGAACUUGAGGAAGAACUGUACACACUUGAUUUAGAAAAAUAAUGGGGUUUUUUUUUUUUUUUUUUUUCAAUUGAAAAAACCUAGAAGAAAAUCUUUAACAGUUUCUUAAGGAUCAAAUUUCUUUAAUGUGCUCAUAAAAAAAUAUAUAUAUCUAAAUAUGUAACGGCAUCUUUUAAGGGUUUUAUGGGAUUCCAAAAUAAAAAAUCCAGUGAGACAUGCUCAUUCAGUCAAAUUUAUUGGUGAUCCAUUUCUCAGAAUCUGAGCAUUUAAAUUAUCAAUUUCUUUGCAUUACAAAUAGUAUCGAUUCCUGUAAGUUCUGCUGUUUUGGAAAGGUUUUUUUUACUCUUAACAUGAUCUGCCUUGUUGCUGCCAUUGUAUAGAGUUAUGCAUAGCAGUUUCCUUUCUGGAGCGAUUUCAGAUCCCCAUCAGUUUAUUUUAUCAGAGUGAAAUAAAGGCCAUCUGUUUUACCCAUCUUGAAAGAA